UAGCAGCACUGUACUGUGACAGCAUUUAGCCUUUCAGGUGUUUCAUUUUCUGUUUAACUGGCAUCUUCGGGGAAGUUUUGAUAGCAAGCUGUCACCGAUAAAUAACUUCUUCGCUACAAAGGACUGAAAGAAACGGUUCCGCUAUGUUUGCGCCAAGAGGUAGUAAUUAACCGGUUACUGAAAGCUAAUGGCUAACUGCUAACAGCUAGCAUAGCUAUCUAACGAUUUCGCCGGUACAGGCGGACCUCUUUGUCUGACAGGGGAAGGCGUGCUCUUUUGUUAGGCUUUUCCCUUUGUCCAUUCGGGAAAGAGGAACUGUUGGGUCAGUAUUUCACAAUUAUCUGCAGAUCUAAAAGUAUUUAGAAAAUGCAAAUCGCGAAAAAAUACUUCUCAGAAGGCCUUAUUCAGUUAACGAUCUUACUCAGUUUGAUUGGAGUUCGUGUGGAUAUCGACAGCUACUUAAGCGGCUAUUAUUCGCCUCUGAUAGAGAUUAACUUGGGUCCUAGCUCAGCCUACACCCAGACACCCUUUCAUAAUUUGAGAGACACUCUUGACGGAUACAGUGUGCACCCAAAAUGUCCCGAAUUGGACUAUUUCUUUGCAAGUCGCCGGCUACUUGACGAGGUGAGGAACCUGGGCUCACCGCGGUUCCCCACGCAGUUGAGCGCAUGGCUGGUGCACCAAGUGUCCGCCACUGACAGUGCUGACUGUGGGCCUUCAACCAGCAACAACACUGACACCACCUCGGGGUUAGAAAGCCCCGGGGACGAGACCAGAGAUGACCGUGAACACCUGCCUGGCAGUGGCCAAGAGGGGUGCCAAACAACCCCUGGACUCGGACAAGGGCCUUGUAGAGCUGGAGCCUGCGGGUUUCCUAAAGAGGAGGAUGAUAGUAAAGUUAAAGAGGAGGAAGAACCUGUCCCACUCACUCAGCUGGCUCACAGUUCCACACUGGAACAAGAGAGUCUGCUUGAAGGCAUCACUGCGCUGUCUGAUGCAGCGCGCCACCAUCCUCCUACCAUUGAUAUUGACCAACACUGGAGCAAUUUACUCUCUCUGUCUGUUACUGAUCUUGACGACUUGGACUCCCUUGUUACUGAACGUCUAUCAGACCUGAACACAGACAUCACCAACGCCAUCAGCCAGGAUGUCAGCUUGCACGAUGCUAUGGUAACCAGUGCUGGAGUGUUUGGUGUGGCGUCUGAAAGACUUGAGUCCAGGCCACUCACCCAACAACAAAGAGCCCUCUUCCGACUGGAAUCCACAGGCUCCUCACACUCAGACGCGUCACCCGGGAUGGCAGUGGGCCUGGCCGCUCUCCCCUUUGCCUCAGUAUGUAAUUUGACUGGAAACGUGUCAUCGCAUAGUGUUCUGGGUGGCUGUCUGGAUGAGGCAGUGUUUGACCAGAUCAAUCAGCUUGGUUUGGAGGGCCUGGACAGCCAGCUGAUGGGCUCUCUGGAAAGCAUUGACCCACAGGUCCUUGAGGACUUGGACUCAGACUCCGGUCUCUCUUUGGAGAGCAGUUCUGGAGGUCCAGUCUCUCCAGGCUCAUCUGAUAUGUCGUCAUCAUCCAGUUCAUACUGUGAAGAUGAGUGUGGUGCUACAGGCUACAGCAGUGAGGUGGAUUCAGUCCCCACAAAAGGCAUCAUGGAGUACAACACAACGUGGUCACCCAUCGAUCUGAGUGAGAGUGUGUGGCAUGACCACAGCUACUCAUCUCCUGCUUUCUUCCACCAGCCGCCAGUUACACUCCCUCACAAAGGUAUCAAAGAGGAGCCUCUCAGCGAUGAUGAAGGGCCAAGGUUCGAAGACAGGGAGCUGAGUCGCGAUGAGCUGCGUGCCCGUGCCAUGUGCAUCCCGUUCUCUGUCCUGCAGAUUGUUAACAUGCCUGUGGAGGAGUUCCUGGAGGUCCUCGACGGUCACGGCUUCUCUCCCGAACAGGUGACCCUCCUGAGGGACAUCCGCAGGCGGGGGAAGAACAAGCUGGCAGCGCAAAACUGCCGGAAGCGCAAACUAGACGCCAUCAUGGGGCUGCAGGAGGAGGUGGAAAGGUUGCACGCUCAGAGAGACAGGCUACUGAGAGAGAAGCAGCUUACAGCCAAGACAAUGGGUGCUGUGGGCCAGCAGAUAAAGCAGCUGACCAGAGACGUCCUGGCCCGCCUGAGGGAUGAUUCAGGACGUCCCCUGAACCCAGAGCGAUUCACCCUGCAGUGCGGGGCUAAUGGGAGGGUUGUAGUUCAGCGUGUAAGUCGGCCUGCUGUCUCCACAUCAACGGGCAACAAAACAGACAAGAGAAAGAAGGAGAAAAAGCAAUGAUGCAGUAUUUGCCAGCUGAGACUCAGAACUUUUAGGGUUUUUGGAUAUUUCUGAACUUAAUUGCCUGAUUCGGGUUUUGGGCUCUCCUCUUUUGCAAAAGUGUGUGUGGAUUCACCGCUGCUGGGAGCCUAAAUCGGCAAAAGCUGCAAAAAGAACAACUCAGAACAAAGAUAAAUAAAAAAAAUAAAUAAAUAAAAAAAAAUCUCUGUAAAUAUAAGUUCUCAUGGGGAAAAUGUAGCUUACACACUGGACAUUUUUUGCUUUUUGAAGAUGGACAAGGCACCCCGGGGCAGUUUAAGGGGUCAGUUGAGCUGCUGGCAAUGCUACCAGUCUCUUUUUGUGCCUGUUAACAUUAAAAUAAUUUAAUCUUUCCAUUUUUACCAGCAAAUACGUAGACAUCCUGGCAUGGUCAGCAGUGUGACACUUACUGGAACGAGAUCUCGGAGGAGGAGUCUGUUUGUUUGUUUCCAUGUAAUCUUGCCUCUCAAUGUAUACCUACUCAGUAUAAGGAGAAGGUUAAAGGUUGUAUUUAUUAAAGUUUCUGAGGUUUCUGAAAUGCUUAUAUGCAUCACGAGACUGUCAAGAGCAGUAUCUUUUUUUCAUAGUGGUAAAUUUAUCUCAAAGUGGUGAGAUUAUUGGGACAUUACCUAUCUAAAGUUUACAGAUUUGUUUCAGAUAUUUGAGGGCAUGUACUGUUCAGUAGAAAUGAAUGCAAAAAAAAAAUGUGUUUUCAUUAUAUGUCUUGAUGACAUACAAUAUACCAAUGAUUAAACUAACAAGGCCUUAAUUUGCAUUGGAGAAGUGUUUUGGUUACUGUGUGUGCACAUGAUCCAAAAAUGCUUAACAUAACAAAAAUGUUUUUAAGAGAUCCUUUGUUUUGGAUGCAUAUUUUAUAAUUUGUUUCAAGCACAAUUUUGCUUAACCCUCUCAUUUCAAUUACUUGAGUGUUUUGGCAAGAUUAUAUUCUACCUCACGCCUUAGUUGAUAUAGAUUUUGGCUAAAUAAAAGAAAACCUUUUUUUAAGGGAACUUAAAUGCACUCAUUAAAAACAAAUUCUUAAUUAUUAGAAUGGCCCUAAAUGGACCUUAAACGAUCCCAUUUCUGAAAAAAAAAGAAACAAUACAAUCACCAACUCUAUUUAAUAGGACUGAAUGUUGUUUGGAUGUUGCUUUUUAUAUAUUUGAGAUUAUGAAAGAGUUGAAAUAAGUAUUUAGUAAAAAUUGCCAUCCUAUUCAUGGGCACACCUCUACACAGUGGGCUGAGUGUGUGUGUCAAGUGGAGAGAAGUGCAUAAAGUAGUUAAUAGUGUGACUCAUGAAGUAUUUUUUCCUUGCCCCUCACAAAUUUGUAUUUAAUUUCCUGGUUUGACCUAGAGUUUACUUUUCUGUUUGUAUACAUUUCAAACUGUUUUUCUUUGUUGCUGGUUGCAGAUGUUUUUGAUUGCAUGGUGAUUGUUGACUGUUGAUAGUAUGGGUUUGCUUUGAAAUGCUCUUACAGACUUUGUUCUUUCUGAUUUAAAAAGAAAAAAAAGAUAA